CCAUUGGUGCUGACAAGACAUCAGAGGACCCCCCCCAUCUCCCAUAUCUAUGGCAUUUGCACCUCCUAGAAACAUGGAUGGCUCCAAGCUACAGACCAAGAUGAGCACAUGGACUCCACUGAACCAUCAACUCAUGAAUGACAAGGUAUUCGAAGAAAGAAGAGCCCUGCUUGGAAAAUGGUUUGACAAGUGGACAGAUGGUCAGAGGCGUAGGAUCCUGGUGGACCUGCUGGAACGCUGCUCCCUGUCACAGCAGAAAUUCUGUGCCAAGCAGCUACAGGAUCGAGUUCCCACCGAGGCUCUAGAUUUUACCACAAGGCUUCCUCGAGUCCUGUCUUUAUACAUCUUUUCCUUCUUGGACCCACGGAGCCUCUGUCGAUGCGCACAGGUGAGCUGGUACUGGAAAUACCUGUCUGAACUGGAUCAGCUCUGGAUGCUGAAAUGCCUGCGUUUUGGCUGGUACAUCAACUUCACUCCAACCCCCUUUGAGCAAGGAAUCUGGAAGAAACACUACAUUGAGAUGGUGAAAGAGCUGCGUGUCACGAGACCAACGACUCCUUCAAAGGAUGAGUUUGUAGUUAUUGAUGUGCAACCGGUAAGAAGCAAUGACCCAGAGGGAAAACUUUCUGUGCUGGGAAGGAGGAUGAACAAGGAGAAAAAACAGCUCCCACCGUGGCGUUCAUCAGACAGGCAUCCUACAGACACCAUCCGAUUCAACUACCUCGACAACUACGAUCCCAUCGAGCAGGCUAGGCAGGCGUAA